AAAGGUCUUUAUUUUGCCACUUCACCAGCCGGUUUCGGAUGAGAAGAAAUGAGAGCACACAUGUCAGAACCAACACAGCGAGGCUCGUCUCACUGGGACAAAGGUUGCGUGGUCAUUUAAAUUAAGGUCUCAUCGGUCUUCUGUAACAUGCUUCACCCUAUUAAUACUAUUUCUAGUCAACCUUAUUUUGAGGAUCGGGUGUUAACAAUGCACGGGACGUAUUGUGAAACAUUAAUGAUUCAUGCUUCCUCCCUCCCUCCCACAUCCUGGGAUCACACGCACUCAUUGUCGCUCCUUGCUUCCUUUGCUUCCUCCUCGUUGUCACUCACUGGUUUGAGAAACACGCGUUUUUAUCCGCCGGCCUGGUCCCAACCCGACGAGACAAACGAGCACAGCAAACGCGUUGAGCAUUUCACGUUGAAUACUAGUUUAAGCUCAACACUUUUGUCCAGGAAGAUGAUGACUACGAAGAUCCCCCAGUGCUCUGCACUGGAUCGGCCGGAGCCCGAUCAGCCUCCCAGUCGCGGUCAGGUGGACCGCUCUGCCAACGCAGCGCCGGGCUGCAAGAGCAAGGCCGAGUGCCCUCAGAGAAACGGGGAGGGCGCGUCCUCGUCCCCGGAGAGCAGCAACCUGAACGGAGAAGGAAAGCGCAGCGGGAAGAGCCGCCGCCGCAAGAAACGCUCGUCCAACGCCGCCGCCGGCCGUCCCGACGAGAAGGGUGACGUGAAGAUCAAGGAUGAAGAGAAGCCAGACAAAAGGACCGGCCCCCCCGCCGAGCUGAUGGGCCUGCAGUCCGAGUGUGCCAGCGUUUGGUUGGAUCGCAGCGCCUACGAGCGGGCCGAGAGCCUCUACCAGGGCUGGUUGGCGAGCUUCUCCGUUGGCGCCGCCAAGUCGAACCGGUUGCCCGCGGCCCCGGGUAAAAACUCCCAAUCUGCUGCGGCCCCGCCGGCCCCGGGAUCGCUGUGCCGCCACAGCGAGCCGGCGGCCUGCCACCACGCCGUCCAGGGAAAGAAGGCCGUCCCAAAGUCUCUUGACCUCCCGGCCUCGGCGAAGCGCUCCGGCGCAUCCAGGACGCCGGAUGAAGGGUAUCAGUCUUCAGCCCCGACGCCCGCGACUCCCGUCAUCCAGCCGGCAUCAGUCUCGCCGACCAAUCGUCAGUCCGUUAACGGGCUGCCCCGCCUCCCGGUGGAGCUGCUCAGAGACGUGUGGCUGGAGAAGCCGCUGUACGACCGCGCCGAGGCCGCCUUCUACCAGAACCUUUACGGUAACAACUCCUCCAAACGAGCCAGCUGCACCUCCACGUCCAGGAGUACCGACCACCCGCAGAGCCUCGUUGAGGAGGAGGAGGGGGAGGAAGAUGGCGAACUGGCGCCGGAGGAGGAAAAACGGGCGGUCCCACAAGGCAAAGCGGAGGUCUUCCACGCUCUGCUUCCUAUUCAGGAGGAGGAGGAGCCAUCCGAGGUCCCGGAGAAGGCCGAAGCGCCGGCGGCCGGAGUCCGCCACUUUGUCCACCCGGACAGCGAGCGGGUUUGGCUGGACAAGUGGCGGUACGACGCUGCAGAGAGCCGUUUCCACGGUCACAGUGAGAGUGGAGCUGUGGUGGGGAAGAAGGGCCGCAGGCCAGAAGCAGCCUCCACCGCCCCACUGAGGGACAACGACAUGACUUCCAUGGACUUUUUGGCCACGGAGAAGAUCUGGUUUGACAAACCGCGCUAUGACGAGGCGGAGCGGCGCUUCUACGAGCGGCCCAGCGGCUGCUCCCAAGCAGCGCAGGAUGUCGGGUCAAACACCAUCCUGCAGGACAUUGCCCGAGCCAGGGAGAACAUCCAGAAGUCUCUAGCAGGAAGCAUCAGCGCAGCGGCUGAUCAAGGAGAGAUCAUCUGUCGCAUCAAGAGCCUGGAGCUGGAGAACCACAGCUUACGCAAAGUUGUGGAUGACCUGAGGGCCGCUCUUUCCAAGCUGGAUUGUCGAGUGUCUCUUCUGGAGAAGUCUCCUGCCGCGGUGACCGCUGCUCCUGCAGCAGCCCACACCAACGGCACUGCUGUGCAGCAGAAGACCAGCGUCCCAGUGAAAGACGAGGAGGAAGAUAGCGACAUCGACUUGUUUGGCAGCGAUGAUGAUGAAGAGGCGGCGCAACUCAAAGAAAAGCGGUUGAAAGAGUACGCAGAGAAGAAGGCCAAGAAGCCUGGCAUCAUCGCCAAGUCCUCCAUCUUAUUGGAUGUCAAACCUUGGGACGACGAGACGGACAUGGUGAAGCUGGAGGAGUGUGUGCGCUCGGUGGUGGCUGACGGGCUGCUAUGGGGGACGUCCAAACUGGUUCCUGUGGGUUACGGCAUCAAGAAGCUCCAGAUUGCAUGUGUGGUGGAGGACGACAAGGUGGGAACAGACUUGCUGGAGGAAGAAAUCACCAAGUUUGAAGACUAUAUCCAGAGCGUCGACGUAGCAGCUUUCAACAAGAUCUGAUUCCAGCCGGUCUAUUUGUCUUGCCUUGUUUCUCUGUGUUAACGGUUAAUGAUAUUAAUAAAACAAACUCUUGCACUGAAGCUGUUUUGUUUAGUGUUCGACUUUUAAAAGACACUAAACUUUGUUAAUAUCUUUACAAUCCAAGUCUUAUCUAAAGAGCAGCUGCAUAUCAAAUGUGGAGGAUGACCAAAGGCUUUAGUCAAUUUGAGUUAACUCUGUGGCAAACAAUCAGAAAUAAACUAAGGUGAGUCGCCCAAAAGACUGCGAGCCACUAAACAUCUGUGCAGCUAAUCCUCAUAAUAAAUAAACGGAUAAUGUCGUUAAUAUUA